AUGGGCUCCCAAGGCCAUCCCCCACCCCACGUCUCCCCCUACCUAAUCCCCGCUCAUGACCUCCUCCUCCAAAUCGGCGGCUUCUGCUGGACCCUUUGCUAUAUCCUCUCCAUCCGCGCCGCCAGCCGUAACAAAACCUACAGCAUGCCUCUCUUCGCGCUGGCCAACAACCUGGCGUGGGAAGCUGUCUAUGGCCUCUUCGUCGCCGAGCAGCUCCUUGAGCGGCUCGUCUUCACCAUUUGGCUCGUCCUUGACAUCCCGCUUGCUUACGCGGUGGUAGUCGCGGAAUUUGGGGAAGAUUCUUGCGGGAUGAUCGUGCUGGCGGCGUGGGGUCACUAUGCAUUUGCGACGUGGUGGGUCAAGGAAAGAGUGGGAGGGGGCAGGGGGAAAAGGUACCCCGGGGAUCUUGAGGCUGAUAUGACGGAGCUGGCGUAUUGGAGCGUGGGCGCUAAUCAGGUGCAUGGUAGCGUGGCGGCGCUGGUGCAGCUGGCGAUUCGGGGGCAUUCGGGAGGUGUGGGGUGGGGGAUUUGGGCAUCUCGAACAAUCGGUUCGGUCGUGGGCGCGGAAGCAGUUUGGGUGUCUGGAUGGUACUUUUGGCCUGAAGGCUUUCCCUAUGUCUUCAAUCCGUUUGGCGUCUUCAUAUGGGCCACGGCUCUUGCGUGCGAUUUGGCGUACCCAAUCCUGCUAUGGCGGAUUCGAAAGACAGAAAGAAUGCUCUCGGAUGGAAGCAAGGCUAGCGGCGAGAUCCAGAAGCCGACAGGCAAGAAAAUGAGAUGAUAUUUAAAGUAUCGGCGCAGUCAUAGGCAGUUCGCAGGGCAUCAAGCUUCAGAGAGAAACAUCUGAUCC